UGGUGAAGAAUACUAAGAUCAACCAAAGCGUACAAUAUAAGCAGAGUGACCGAAUUUUAGGCUGUAUUUGACGGAGCGGAUUUAACGUGUAAAUCAGACAUGCCACCCAAAAAGAAGCAUAAAAAAGGAUCUGUUGGUGGCAGUGUUUCAACUGAAACUUUGAAGAAAGUGACAUCAUCUAAAAAACCUUUGGAAGAAGUUCCUGUGUCAAAUGAUGUAUUCCCUCAUUGGUUGAUGAAAUCUGAGCCUGAAACACGCAUGGAAAAGGGUGUGGAUGUAAAGUUUGGUAUUGAAGACCUCAAAAAGGAACCAGAUCAAACGGCAUGCUGGGAUGGGGUCAGGAAUUAUCAGGCGCGGAAUUUUAUGCGUGACCAAAUGAAAGUAGGUCAGCUAGCAUUCUUCUAUCACAGUAAUUGUAAGCCACCUGGCAUUGCGGGAAUUGUUGAGAUCGUCAAGGAGUCAUACCCCGACCACACACAGUUUGAUAAGAAAGAUGUCCACUUUGAUAGCACGGCUAAGAAAGAGGACCCUAGAUGGCACAUGGUAGAUGUAAAAUAUAUACGAAUGUUGAAGAGAUACAUAUCACUGAAUGAGUUAAAACACUACCACUUAGAGCACAAGGCAAGCAAGGGACCCCUCAGCAAUAUAGCCCUAUUUACCAGGGCUAGAUUAUCUGUACAACCAGUCACCAAAGAGGAAUGGGAGUUCAUACUUACACUAGAAGACCAAGAUCCACCUAAGGGAAUAAAAUGACCAAACAAUUAUUGAAAGUUAUUUUGAAAGAUAUUCCUUAGAGGUAUAACAUAGAUGCAUGCUAUCACUGUUAUACACAUGGUCAUAUUCCUAAAUAGUGGAUAUUAGUUCAUCUCAUAAGAAAUUCCACUGAACUAUUAGGCAGAGGAUACAAGGCCCAACAUAAUACCAGGAAUGCCAAAAAAACUGGACAAUCAGAUUCAUAUAUUUGCAAUGACCUAGUUAGAACAAGACUUGACAAGAUAGUGAUUUUAUUUUUGUAACAAUUAACAUAUUACUGAAUACAAUGUACAGUGUACAUAUUUCUAUACAAUGUGUACAUGUGCAUUGUACAUGUACUCUAUACAUUUAGACAUGUAUUUUGAAAUAUACUAAUAGAUAUAAAUAGA